CGAUAAAUUCGAUCAUCAUCGGGACCUAGCUAGACCUCCAUCUGGCUGCUCCACAAACGACCCUGCUCUGAGUCCUCUGACAGAUUCAUCCCAUCCUCUCCCGUCUCCACUGUCCAUCGCUCUCUACCCAGCGGAUCGAUCAGCAAUGGAGGACAAGAACGCUCGCACCGCGGUGCUGCCAGUGAGCACGCUCACCGAGCCGCUCCUGCCCGGAAAAGGCGAGGACCUUGAGGCGGCGCAGCUCCCGUCCUACGGCGGCGCGUCCUUCUCCCGAACGUGCCUCAACCUCACCAACGCCGUGUCCGGGAUCGGCGUCCUCUCCAUGCCGUACGCGGUGGCGCAGGGCGGGUGGCUCAGCCUCGCGCUCUUCGCCCUCGUCGGCGCCAUCUGCUACUACACCGGCACGCUCAUCGAGCGCUGCAUGCGCGCCGACCCCGCCGCCGUCGCCAGCUACCCCGACAUCGGCGCCUUCGCCUUCGGGUCCGCCGGCCGGAGGGCCGUCGCCGCCUUCAUGUACGUCGAGCUCUACCUCGUCGCCAUCAGCUUCCUCGUCCUCGAGGGCGACAACCUCAACAAGCUCUUCCCCGGCGCCACCGUGGACCUCCUCGGCUACCGGCUGCAAGGGAAGCAGCUGUUCAUCGCGCUCGCCGCCGCCGUCGUGCUGCCCACCACAUGGCUCAAGAACCUCGGCGUGCUCGCCUAUGUGUCGGCGAUCGGGCUCGUCGCGUCGGCGGUCCUCACGGUGUCGCUGGUCUGGGCCGGCGUCGCUGGGACCGGGUUCCAUCGGAACAGCACCAGCGUCCUCAACCUGAGCGGCCUGCCGACCUCGCUGGGCCUCUACUUCGUCUGCUUCACCGGCCACGCCGUCUUCCCGACGAUCUACUCCUCCAUGAGGAACAGCAAGCACUUCUCCAAGGUUCUGCUCAUCUCCUCCGUGCUCUGCAGCGUCAACUACGGACUCACAGCGAUGCUGGGCUACAUGAUCUACGGCGACGACGUGCAGUCGCAGGUCACGCUGAACCUGCCCUCGGGAAAGCUCUACACCAAGGUCGCCAUCCUGAUGACGCUGAUCAACCCGCUGGCCAAGUACGCGCUGCUGGCCGCACCAAUAACGGCGGCGAUCGAGGAAAAGUUCUCGGUGCCGUGCGGCAGCGGGCCGGCGAGGGUGGCCAUCAGCACCGUGGUGGUUGUCAGCACGGCGGUGGUGGCCUCGACGGUGCCGUUCUUCGGCUACCUCAUGUCGUUCAUCGGAUCGUUCCUCAGCGUCAUGGCGACAGUCAUAUUCCCCAGCCUCUGCUUCCUUAAGAUCUACAAGGCCAAGGGGAUUCGCCGCAUCGAGAUCGCGGCGAUCACCGGCAUCCUGAUCAUCGGAGUGUUCGUAGCCGUCACCGGCACCUACACUUCCGUGCGGCAAAUUAUAGGCACUUUCUAAGAUGAUUUCCUGUUGUACAACUGACAAAACAGAGUAUAUGUGCUGACUUGAAAUCUAAUAUUUUUGACAACUUGUAAUUACAUUGGCUGAGAUUGUAUUGGUUAUUCAGUUCUGCUCCAUACUAAUAGUACACUGCGCUGUUCAGGUUA